GUUAAUUCCUCGGGUGCUGCAGUCACUGCGGGGCCGCACCGGUCCAAGGCCCAAGCCGGUCUUAUCAUUAGCACAGUUUCCCAUAAAAAAUGAGAAUAUUUAUAAGUAUGAAUAGUCUGAAGUACAUUACAUAGUUAAUAAUUAUUUGUUUCACGUCGGACGUGAACAUAGCCACAUUAAUUAUGCCAAAAGUUCGUAGAAGCCGGAAACCACCUCCUGAUGGAUGGGAACUUAUAGAACCUACUCUAGAAGAAUUGGAGCAAAAAAUGAGAGAAGCUGAAACUGAAUCACAUGAAGGCAAACGUAAAGUAGAAGCAUUGUGGCCAAUUUUCAAAAUUCAUAACCAGAAAUCAAGAUAUAUUUAUGAUUUGUUCCAUAGACGUAAAGCUAUUUCUAGAGAAUUGUAUGAUUUCUGUCUUCAAGAAAAAAUUGCUGAUCAAAAUUUAAUAGCAAAAUGGAAGAAACAAGGUUAUGAAAAUCUAUGUUGCCUUCGUUGUAUUCAAACUAGGGAUACAAAUUUUGGAACUAGCUGUAUAUGCCGAGUUCCAAAAUCUAAAUUAGAAGAAGGUCGAAUUGUGGAAUGUGUGCAUUGUGGAUGUAGAGGUUGUUCUGGCUAAACAAACACUAAAUACUAGUUAAAUCAUUAUUGUAUUAUUUUUAUUCUUAAUACAUGUAAUGAAUUUAUUUCUAUAUUAAUAUGUGUGUGGUAUAAGACUGAAAUUAAAACAGCAUACUAACUGAAAUCUUAAUAAGUUAGAUAUUUUUAAUUUCCAUAAUGAUAAUGUAAAGUAUGAAUUGCAUUCAUUUUUAAGAUAAACAUUUUUAAUAACAUAUAUUAUUGACUUUUCUUACUAUUAUAUCAAUAUAAAAUGUAUUGUGGUAUAACAUACCAUCAAAAUAUGUAUUUUGAAGGGUACCUAUAUACAUUAACUAUUUUACCAAAUAAUUGUUUGUUUUUAUGGGUACUAUACUAUUUCUCAUAUAACUAUAUAAAUAAUCUCAUGUGGCAUGCUUCCGAUAUGAUUCGGGCUUCUCCUAUUCAAGAUACUCAAUUAAACGUCUUAUACUUGUUCCGCUGUUUGCUAUUAUAAUUGUUAUAUAAUAUAGACUUAAGACCGUAUUGGUAUUUAGAAUUUUGGCGCCCAGGGGCACUUAUAAAAUGGCACUCCUCUUUUGGGGAGAAGGAAACAGGGCACUCCAGUGUUUAACAAAUUAAAAUUAUAAUCUUAUAUAAUAAAACACCGAAACAAACAUAAGAAUGCGUGAAGCUGUCGUAAUAUCUAUAUAACUAUAAAAGUAUAGCCUUACCUUGUAAUUUGUUUUAUUAUAAUAAUAUAACGGUACAAUACUACAA